GAAAACUUUUGAAACGUUGUGGUGACGUCAGAACGCACUGCACGCUGCUGACGUGUAGGUCAGGAAGUGGCUUUUGAGUGGAGUUAGCAUAUAGCAGUACCCUCUUGAUAUUCCUCUUCUUCUCACAACGUUUCCAUUGACAGACCAAUAUGAAAUCCACCAGUUUGGUGGUAUGUUAGCUAUCUGAUAACAAAGGAAGACCAACCGAGCCUAUUGCACAGGUGUGCUUGAAUGCAGCAGUUUUAUGACGAAGCGUGAGUGACUUGCACAGCAACAAUGGGUAGAAGGAGGGUGCCGGAUCUGUACAGAGCCCCCUUUCCCUUAUACACCAUUAAAGUGGACCCCAAAACAGGGCUUGUGAUCACAGCAGGAGGAGGCGGGGCUUCCAAGACGGGCAUUAAGAAUGCUGUGCACUUCCUGGACCUGCAGCUGGUGGGAGAACAGCAGUACAGCGCCAGCCUGCUCCACGCUCAUGACACCGACACCCGCGCCACCAUGAACCUGGCUGUGGGUGACGGGGUGAUCGCUGCAGGACAGGACGGCAGCUGCAGCCUGAUGAGGUUCAAACACAGCAGGAAGGGGGAGGAAGACAAUGCUGCUGCCAAACAAGCAGGGAACAGCGAGGGGAAGGCCCGGAGACGAGGGGGGAAAGGAGACAAAAGAGGACAGGAAGACGCCGCAGUAUCAGGAGAUAAGUCGGACACGAAGGAUGAGACGUCCCACAUCUCUGUGACUGCGCUGGCUGAAGUGCAGUCCGACCUGAACCCCCGGGACCCGCUCCAGAAGGUGGUUCGCUUCAGCCCCGACAUGAGCCUGCUGCUGACGGGAGGCACCGACGGACACAUACGGGUCUGGGAGUUUCCGUCCCUGAAGAAGAAGUACGACUUCAAAGCUCAUGAGGGGGAGAUAGAAGACCUGGAUAUGAGUCCAGGGAACAAGCACCUGGUGACUGUGGGCAGGGACUUCUCCUGCAGUGUGUGGAGCGGCAGUCAGCUGGCCAUGGGUCUGAACUGGCUCGAAACCACGCCUCAAAUAGCCGAGAAGUCUUAUCGAUAUAUGGCAUGCAGGUUUGGAAAGGUAGAAGACCAAAAAGAUGCCCUGAGACUUUACACCGUGCAGAUCCCCCACAAACGGGACAGAAAACCUCCCCCCUGCUACCUCACCAAGUGGGAUGGAAAGAGCUUCCUGCCCAUGCUGACGGCCCCCUGCGGCUCAGAGGUCAUCUCCAGUCUGGCAGUCAGUGACUCUGGAACCUUUCUCGGCCUUGGAACUGUGACGGGAUCAGUGGCUAUCUACAUCGCCUUCUCCCUGCAGAAGCUGUAUUACGUGCAGGAGUCCCACGGCAUCGUGGUGACGGACCUGGCCUUCCUGCCUGACUCGCUGAAGGGCAAAGACAUGAAAGGGAAUAACGAAACGGCCAUGCUUAGUGUAGCUGUGGACAGCCGCUGUCAGAUACACACCGUCCCCAACCGAAGAUCUUUUCCUAUAUGGUUGGUGCUGUUCUUAUGUGGCCUCAUGGUGGUGGGGGUCGUCCUCCUCCUGCAGUACCUCUUCCCGGGAUUUAUUUAAAUCAUGCCAGUGAUGUCGCAGGUUGAUGGAGUUUGGAUGCAUCUGUCAACAUCAGCAGCCCCCCCCUCCCAUCUGAACGCUGACAUCAUGGCCCUCAGGGCGGUCCCUCUCACCAACAGACUGUGGGGUUUACUUUGAUCUCUAUCAAUUAUUCUUAAUCUUGUUUUGAAUCAUGUUCGGAGGGUUGGAGGGCUCAGGUUGGUGAAUAUUUAAAGUGUGGGAUCUUUUAUCGACAUAUUUAAAGAACAGUGUACAAAUGUAUAAAUGAAUGACACAUAAUAAGUCUGGUUUGUGUUUUGUGCACAUUGACUCUUUAAAUCAGCCUCUUUGAAUAAGUGCUUCUUCCAUCCAGAUGUUUGAGGACUAAAACAUCCAUAAAGGCAAAUUAACUUAGACGAGGAACCCAGUGUUAACUCAACAAGACCACACUACGCUGCAGAACAUAUAUGUGACAUUGCUAAGAGCCCAUAAGAAGCAGGGGGGGGGGUGUAAUGACAUGUUAUCGGCCCAUAUUUUAUGAAGACGUUUAUUUAAACAUUUACUGCAAGUUUUGCGAAGCAGAUGUACAAACAUGUGAAUGAAUCUUUUAAAGGAUGCCCAGAUUAUUGUCACUAAAUUGGUGGAAUGAAAGAAGAAAUAAAAUAUUAAUAAGAAAGGAAAAAACAA